GGCUCGUGCUCACUGAUGUAGGACCGCGACUCUUGAAAACAACAAACUUCAACUGCAGGGGGUUCUGGAGGCCAGUGAGCAGCUGGCUUCCUUCUCCGUUCUGCUGACCAUCUUUCCACGAGUAGACAAUUGGAAUUAUCCUCUGCUGGCUGACGGCUGUAUUUCACGUGACAUCAACAUGUCACCUUUCCUGCGGAUUGGCUUCUCUAACUUUGAGAUUGAUCCUGGUUUGGCGUACCAUGAAGAGGUGCUCAACCCAUACUGUGCCGUCUACAUGAAGGAGGCUAUCGACACAGAGAAAGGGAAAGUUUACAAGCAGAAGAAGCCCACCAUGUACCCCCCAUGGAGCACAACGUUUGACGCCCAUAUCCAUAGAGGACGAAUCAUGCAUGUCAUGGUAAAGGACAGAACAGCAGAGCUCAAGUCAGAGGCCACAGUUUCCCUCGACUCCUUGGCAACGCAAUGUAAGAAGGAAAAUGGCAAACUGGAGAUUUGGUUGGACAUGAAGCCACAGGGCCGUUUACUAAUGGAAGCUAAAUAUUAUUUGGAGAAAAGUGAUGUGGCGGGCCUGACUGAAGAAGACCCUGAGUUGGAGCAGGAGCGAGAGGGUUUGUUCUCUCUUCACCAGCGACGAGGUGCCAUCAAGCAGGCCAAAAUUCACGUUGUAAAAUGUCACGAGUUCAGCGCCACGUUCUUCCCUCAGCCGACGUUCUGCUCUGUUUGCAAAGAGUUUGUCUGGGGGCUCAACAAGCAAGGCUACCAGUGUAGACAGUGUAACGCAGCAAUUCACAAGAAAUGCAUCGACAAAGUCAUUGCCAAAUGUACCGGCUCCGCCAUCAACAGUAAAGAGACGAUGAUUCACAAAGAGCGCUUCAAGAUCGACAUGCCACACAGAUUCAAAGUCUACAACUACAAGAGUCCAACAUUCUGUGAACACUGCGGGACUCUGCUGUGGGGUCUGGCCAGGCAGGGCCUCAAAUGUGAGGAAUGUAGCAUGAACGUUCACCACAAGUGUCAGAAGAAAGUAGCCAACCUCUGCGGGGUCAACCAGAAACUGAUGGCCGAGGCUUUAGCCAUCAUCGGGAGCAAACGGCCGGUCAGUUUUUCAUGUGACAAAAGAACGUUGGGAGCAGUGGAAUUUACGCCUGGAUCUGAACAGGAGAAGAGCACCAGAGACUCUGACAUUAUCAGUCGUGAGGGCCCAAUUGGCAUCGAGCAGGCAGGUGUGGUGCGAGCGCCAUCCGGGCUGCAGGCGGCGCCACCUGCCAUCAGAGAGGCACAGGGCGUGUCCUGGGAGGGUCCAGCUAAGACCAAUCUUUCAGUCCCAGAUGGCCAGCGUGAGGAGCCCCUGUAUGCUGUUCCAAAGAAGGAGACCAAAUUUUCUAUAGACGACUUCAUUCUGCAUAAGCUGCUGGGGAAGGGAAGCUUUGGCAAGGUGUUCUUGGCAGAGUUGGCAAAGAGUGGACAGUUUUUCGCCGUAAAGGUCCUGAAGAAAGAUGUGGUUCUGAUGGAUGACGAUGUAGAGUGCACCUUGGUGGAGAGGAGGGUCCUCUCUUUAGCCUGGGAGAACCCCUUCCUCACACACCUUCACUGCACAUUCCAAACCAAGGAGAACUUGUUCUUUGUGAUGGAGUAUUUGAAUGGAGGUGAUCUGAUGUUUCACAUCCAGAACUGUCACAAAUUUGACCUGCAGAGGUCCACGUUCUACGCUGCUGAGAUCGUGUGUGGUCUACAGUUCCUUCACUCCAAAGGCGUCAUUUACAGAGAUCUGAAGCUGGACAACGUGCUGCUGGACUCUGAGGGACACAUCAAGAUCGCAGACUUCGGCAUGUGUAAGGAGAACAUGCUGCUGGAGUCGCGCACCGCCACCUUCUGCGGGACUCCCGACUACAUCGCUCCAGAGAUCCUGCUGGGUCAGAAGUACAACAACUCGGUGGACUGGUGGUCGUUCGGUGUCCUAGUCUACGAGAUGCUGAUCGGUCAGUCUCCGUUUCACGGCCGCGAUGAAGAGCAGCUGUUCCAGUCCAUACGAACCGACAAUCCACUGUAUCCCCGGUGGCUGACCAAAGACUCCAAGGACAUUCUGGUGAAGCUGUUUGUCCGAGAACCCGAGGAACGUUUGGGUGUGAAGGGAAACAUCAGGCAGCACAGUUUCUUCAGCAGCAUCGACUGGAAUGCGAUCGAACACCGACAGGUGGUUCCGCCAUUCAAGCCGACCCUGACAUCGCCCAGCGACUGCAGCAACUUCGACAAGGAGUUUAUCAACGAGAAGCCACGGCUGUCCUGCGCCGACCGGACUCUCAUCAACAGUGUGGACCAGACCAUGUUCAGAAACUUCUCCUUCGUCAACCCAGGGAUGGCUUGUGCCGCGGUGCGCUGACCUCCACUUAGCAAGUCGCCCAGACUCAGCAUCCACACAGUCGCAGACCGAACCAAAAGCACCUCACUCUAAUAACAAUCAUUUAGACCAGGCAGCCAAUGGUUUCACUCUCGUACACAUGUGUAGAUGCUUCAUUCCAGCACAGACCUCAGUGCUCAUCUCCAGAGGAACUAAAAAGACUCCCGUCGUUCUCAUUGUUCUUGACCACACUGUGUUUACAGUGGAGAUGUUGAUCACUCCAACUGGCCCUGGCUCUUCACUGUGGAAUCCUCUACUCCAAGUCUCAGACUGACAACAGACCCUGACUCAAAUGCCAGUUUGCACUAGCAUCUCUGUUGCGCUCACCGGUCAAAACCAUUGCUUGUGCCUUUCACACGCACCAAUCCAGGAGGGCAUUUUCAUCUGCCCAGUGGUCCAAGUCACUCGCUCACCAACGACUUUGCCAGACAGUCCAGAGUGUUUUUUCUCGAUGUCGGAUCAAACACAGACAUGUAGAACCUAGAGUUGUUUAAGGAGCAGUUAAGAAGCGCAUUCAUGACAAAUCCACUUGAUUAUUGUUGUUCAAUGUGUUGGUUGUGAACUCAUGGUGCCUCAGUGUAACUUAGGAGUCAAAGUAAAUCAAACCCAGACUCGAAUCAAACUGUUUUAGUUGUGUUCCUCGACCAGCAGUUUUGUCAGUCUUAGUAUGAAGUCGUAGUUUACGUGUAAAUAGAGAGUUAAAUUCUUGUCUGAGUGUAGCAGACACACAGCCAUUUCGGUUUACAUGCUUCCUGUAUUAUGGAUGUGUCAAUGCCAUGUCAUCUAUUUUAGCUCCCGUGAUGGUGAAUGUGUAAAAUAAAGUGAA